UUGUCUAGUGUGUCUUAGAAGCAUUGCCUUCUCAUUCAACCAAGAUCGACCCUAUAAUUUGCUAUCGUCCUCAUUAACGUUCCAAGAACAGGACACUCUUGAAACUUUCUUCAAUGGCCAACUCUCAAUGGCUCCUCCAUGCCCUCCUCCUCCUCCUUCUCCUCCUUCACAUGGACUCGAUCUUGCUCAAAACUGCUUCCAUGCCACCACCUUCCCCUGUCAUGUGCAACAGUCCCGCCGGUGGUGAUGGUUGCAUCCUCCACAACUCGUAUGGUGCGUGGAAUGACAGAUUGGACUGCCAUGUCCAGAAUGUCACGUACCCUACAACCGAGGAAGAGCUACGCUCGGCCGUGGCCUAUGCGACUCGCAAUGGACUGAACGUCAAAGUCGUGAGCAAAUUCUCGCACACCAUUCCGAAGCUGGCCUGCCCUGGAAGGACUCAAUCUGUCAACUCGUUCUUGAUAAGCACGGCGAAUUAUGCCUCUAGUAUUGACAUCGACGCAACCAAUUUGGUGGUCACAGCCGAUGCGGGGGUUCCACUGCGGCAGUUGAUCGACAGAGUCGAGGGACAAGGGUUGAGCCUGGUGGCUGCGCCGUACUGGGAGGGCGUGAGCGUGGGCGGGCUGAUAAGCACGGGAGCGCAUGGUAGCUCGUGGUGGGGGAAGGGCGGGGCGAUGCACGAUCACGUGGUCGGGAUCAGCCUUGUGGCCCCGGCCAAGGAAUCGGAAGGUUUCGCCAAAGUCAUCAGAAUUGAGGCACAGGAUCAGCUUCUUAAUGCUGCUAGAGUGUCAUUGGGCUUGUUGGGUGUGAUCUCUAAGGUGAAGUUUUCUCUCGAGGGAGGAUUCAAGAGAAGCAUAACCUAUAAUUUCACGGACGAUGCUCAGAUCGAAGAGAUAUAUAGGGACCACGCCAUGAAGUACGAAUUCGCCGAUAUCACUUGGUACCCAUCUAAACACACCGCCGUUUACAGAUACGAUAAUCGAGUCCCCCUGAACACAUCGGGUGAUGGCGUUUAUGACUUCCUAGGAUUUCAAUCCAACUCAGUUGUUGUCUCUAAAUCCGUACGAGCAACAGAGAAGUUACUGGAGAACGCAAGGAACGUGGAUGGAAAAUGUACAUUGGCGUCGACCACGGUGGGAUACAAGAAGCUGAUUGCCAAUGGUUUGAGGAAUGGCCUGAUCUUCACUGGCUAUCCGGUUAUCGGUUGCCAGGGAAAAAUGCAAACUUCUGGUUCAUGUUUAUAUUCACCUCCCUCUAGAACUGACCUUACUUGUGCUUGGGAUCCAAGAAUUGACGGGCUCUUUUUUUAUGAGACGACGGCAAUAUUCCCCGCCCAAAGAUUUGCAGAUUUCGUCCGAGAUGUGAAGAAGCUCAGGGACAUGAAUCCAGAGAACUUCUGCGGAGUGGAUAUCUAUAAUGGGUUUCUGAUACGUUUCAUCAAGGCCUCCAAGGCAUACUUAGGCCAAUCCGAGGACUCGGUCGUGGUGGAUUUCAACUAUUACCGAGCCAACGGUCCCUCAACCCCAAGACUGAAUCAAGAUGUGUGGGAGGAAGUGGAGCAAAUGGCGUUCUUCAAGCAUGGGGCUAAGCCACAUUGGGCUAAAAACAGGAACUCGGCUUUCUUGAAUGUCCAAAACAAGUAUCCCAAUUUUGGCAAAUUCAUGGCAGCUAAGAAGCAAUUGGACCCACAAAACAUGUUCUCAAGUGAAUGGUCAGAUGAGAUAUUGUUUUGGAAUGAAGCAGCAAAAGGUGAUGGGUGUGCACUAGAAGGACAGUGCAUAUGUUCAGAAGACAGGCAUUGUAGUCCAGCAAAAGGUUAUCUUUGCAAAGCAGGGCUUGUUUAUAAGGAAGCUAGAGUUUGUAGGUAUACACAAUCUUCAGUGGCAUAAGACAUCAUAUCAUUUUGCUGGUCAUGUUUAAAACCUGUAGAUUGGCCAUAUUUGUUUGAAUAAUGUACCUCAUUAUCUUUAUAGAGGUUUCCAUUGCUACA